AUGGAGUCUGGUGGAGGAGGGGCAGGGGGGGAGAUUUGGUCGCCGACGGAGGCGGAUAAGGCGCCGGCGGGGCUGACCAGAGAGGAGUACGAGGAGCUGCGAGGAUUGAUCGAGGAGCGGCAUACGUACAGGGUGGCGGCGGGGCAGUGCUCCUCGCUUCUGUCGCAGCGAGUUCGUGCCCCGGCCUCUGCGGUUUGGUCGGUGGUCCGGCGAUUCGAUCGCCCUCAGGUGUACAAGCACUUCAUACGCAGCUGCGCUCUGAAGGAUGACGGCGGCGGGAUCAGGGUGGGGUGCCUGCGGGAGGUGAGCGUCAUCUCGGGGCUGCCGGCGAACACCAGUACGGAGCGGCUGGAUAUUUUAGACGAGGAGCGCCUGGUGGCGGGAUUCAGCAUCAUCGGCGGCGAGCACCGGCUGAGGAACUACAGGUCGGUGACGACGGUGAGCGAGUUCAAGAGAUCUGAUCGGGAGAAGGAGGAGGCCGGAGAAGACGAGAUCCGGAGCAUCGUUCUGGAGUCGUACAUCGUGGACAUCCCGGAGGGGAACACGGAGGACGAUACGCGGAUGUUUGCCGACACGGUCGUGCGGCUCAAUCUCCAGAAGCUGGCGUCGGUGUCGGAGGCCCGAGCCAGCGAUCGCGCCAGCCGCGGCUACGACGGCGACGAGGAGGACGAGCAAGUGGAUCACCAGGGGACGGUGAAGAAGAGAGCGCGGGGUAUCGAUUGA